AUGACGUUCCGAUAUUUGCUGAUGCAACUUGUUGUGUCGUUUGCGACCGCCUGGCAAGCUCCCGUUGCACCGGCAGAUAACUCCGUCAUUCCUAUUUCGUCACGAACAGGAAAAAAAUGCUUGGGACUUCUGACGAUGCAUGCUAGUUCAUUAUGAUUUUUCCUUGACCAGCGGACCAUCUUCAGGGUGAAAGAGCGAAUGACUAAGUCGUUUUCAUUUCUGCCAAUCUUCCUAUGAAACCUAAUUUUUGCACCGAUACCAUCGAUGUGCGCUCUAUACGCGGUGACCCAAGCGCUUCCUAAGUUCAGACGUGAGAGCAUCCGAGAAAUGGUCGACUUUGACGCAAACUGCUUACGAGGUAAUUUACAAGCAUUUCAUCCUCCAUGCCACUCGAGAGACUUCGAAAUUCGUCGUUUAGAGCUUGGCAAUGCUAUCGCUUCUCAACCUCGAUUGCCACCGUGUAUAAUGUUCUCGUUUGUCAAGAUUAUUGUAAAUGACGACGAUAAAACGAGAGUCUCUGGAAAUCUUACGAAUAAAAUGAAACAGCUCACGAAGACCGAGGUUAUACCUAGUUUUGUCAUUCUCUUCCGUUCUCUACGGUACUACUUCAGCACCUCUUCAUCAGAUCGAAAGAGAUUAGGUUAUGGAAUUGAUGGAUAG